AAGCUCAAAGAAAACAAGAGUUAUGACGUCACGGUUCCAGAGCCGAUCCCGACUCGGCCAAUCAGCGCGCAGCCAGUGACCACGAGUCGGUUGUCGCGUCGAGUCGGGUCCCUACGCCUCCUCCUUGACCAUGUCCGAUGAGGGUCUGUUAUCGUGGAGCAGGCCGCACACCCUGCUCUUCAUAGACCUGCUCAAACAGCAGCCCUGCCUGUGGAAGACCAAGAGCAAAGAGUACAAAAACCGGAUCCUGCGGAACGUGGCCCUGAGGAGCGUGUGCCUCGAGAUGACGAACAGGAUCAACUGCACCGUGACGCCCGACAUCAUCAUGAGGAAGAUCCACACGCUGAGGACACAGUUCCGGCGGCAGGUGAAGGCGGUGGAGGACUCGGCGAAGUCCGGGGCGGGCGCGCAGGACCUCACGCCCAGGCUGUGGUGCUUCGACAGACUGUCCUUCCUCAACGACGGCGACGACCUCGGGGGUCCGGCCGCGUCCCUGGGUGCUGCUGGGGACGCCUGUGGGAGUCAGAAGCCCAUGAGCAAGAAGAGAAGGAUAGAUAGUGACGAUUCAUCAGCAGCAAGCACCAGCAAGCAGGAUCAUGCACAGAAGAAUAUACCAUUGAUGCACAAGAGACCAGAGGCUUCUAGCACUCCUAUCUCUACUUGUAGUCGUUCACUUGAUGGCCAGCCAGUGCUAACACCAAAAACAAAAAACAGACUGACACCAGAGAGCCAACACAGCAAACACCAGACUCUAAUCCUAAAGGGCCUGCUAGAAGAUGUAACCUUUGCGGAUGUGACACUAACAGCUGAAGGAAAGUCAUUAAAGGCACACAAGGCAGUGUUGUCAGCCAUGAGUCCGUACUUCAAAAAAGUAUUGCAGAACAACCCCAGUCCACACCCUAUUAUCAUCAUGCCGCUCGACAUGCAGUUUGAGGAUCUCAAAGGAAUAAUAGAUUACAUUUAUAUGGGUGAGAUAGUAGUCCCAACUGAGAAUCUAUCCUCGCUCUUUAAAGCUGGUCGUGUUCUUCAGGUUUCCGGCUUAACAACAGUAGAUACUAUAGGUGUAAAGGCACCUAAUGCACCUUUAUUUGAUAAUGCGCAGUCAGUACAUAAGGAUACUAGUGGAACAACUUUAUCAAUGGAAACCAACCAGGGGUGUGAAGUAAGGCUUGAUACAAGCAGAAAAGAAGAUGCCAAUAGAAAAAGCAGAGGAUCAUCUGUGGAAACUGUGUCACAGUCAGAAAGGCAGAAACACAAAGAGGAAGGGGCAAACAGUACAAUGGAGGCUGUUGAACCGUUAGAUAAUAGAAACCAGAAGAGACCGGAAACUGUAGACUCAUCAGAGGCAGAAUCCUUUGAAAAGACUUCAGCUCAGCCACUACAGGCCAAAGGAAACUGUACAGCUAUAUCAGAUGAUGACAGUUCAAAGUGUAUGUUUAUGACUGAUGAAGAAACUAUGUCAAGUGACUUUGAUUAUAAAUAUUUUGAGGAACAAGAAGAGGAAUUAGAUCCACUUCAGAUUCAUAGUCAUGGAAGUGAUGAUUCUUUUCAUCAGUCUGCAAACAUAUCUAAUGGACAACAGUGUGACUCCAUAAACUUUGUGACGGUUAAAGAAGAACUCGAAGACUAAAACUAGAAAAAAAAU